AUGGGCCACGGAAAUUCUAACAAACUCUAUAUCACACAUGCAGAACAUGCUGGUGAAUUCGGACAGCAUUCUUCUUCAUCUGGAUAUAAAGCAAAGCUUCAAGGACCGCACCCUCGAGCGCAGACACCAUUCGACUGUUGCACGCUUUCUUUCCAACCAUUCAAUCAUCCAGUAUGCGCCCGCAACGCGGAUGGAACAGGCUUCGUAUUUGACCUUGUAAACAUUAUUCCUUGGCUAAAGCAAGUUGUCCUCUCUUCCUGCAAGCAUAACAAUACAAAUCCUAUUACAAAAGAGCCCCUCGCACCCAGUGACCUGAUAACACUCCACUAUUCGCGCAAAACAUCGGGUGAAAUUCAUGAUCCAAUUUCAUUCAAGCCAUUCAGCGAGCACUCGCAUAUAGUAGCAAUUGCGACCACAGGAAAUGUUUUCCUUGCGGAAAGUAUCAAAGGCGGUAAGGAUCUCCUCGAAGAUGCUAAAUUUAAAAAGGAGGACGUCAUCACAUUGCAAAACCCCCAUGGUCUCCCACCCAUGUCUACAAUCAAUACUGCUGCUACUGCCAUCACAAAGAAGGAUGAGAAGCCCAAACCAGCUAUUGUUAAAGCAGUCUCUGAAGUGAAGGGUAAAGCCGCUGUCCCUUGGAACAUAUCUCCUUACUCUAGCGGCGCACCUGGCGCAUCAUUGACGUCAACGUCUGUGGAUCCUCAGACACAAAGCUCACAACUACUGUGGGACGAGGAAGAAUUGAUGUUCGAAGAAAUGUCGAAUCCUCCGAAGGGUAAAGGUAAAGAGAAAGACGUUGGAAAACGAAGAGCAUAUGUCCGAGUUGUGACCAGUUUGGGCGGUUCGUUGAACCUGGAGUUGUAUUGCGACAAGGCACCAAAAACCUGUUAUAACUUUCUCAUGCUUGCGAGAGCAGGAAAGUACGAUAACUGCCUCUUUCACAGACUUGUUCCUGGCUUCAUGGUACAAACAGGUGACCCUACUGGUACAGGCUCUGGUGGAGAGUCACACUGGGGUACUCCUUUCCGAGACGAGUAUGACAUGAGAAAUGCUGCUAAACAUGAUAGUCGUGGUAUCGUCGCCAUGGCCAACAAGGGCGCUGGCACGAAUACGUCGCAAUUUUACGUCACAUUCAAAGCUACGCCGAACCUUGACAACAAGCACACUGUCUUCGGUAAGCUAGUUGGGGGAGACGACGUCCUCGAUGCUCUCGAGAAACUCCCUCGUAAAGAUGGAACAGAGCGCCCAGCGAAGCCGGUGCGGAUAACAGAAGUCAUUAUACACCAAGAUCCCUUUGAAGCAUAUAAAGCACGGCUUGCAAGAAAACUUGCUCGGCGUGCAGAAGCACAGGAUGAUUCUAAGAAACAACCUGAGAAGACUCAAGGGGAUGAUAUUAAUUGGUUUGGGGUCAAAGUUGGCACUGGGGACUCAGCCUUUGGUGGGGGUACUGCAGGCGUGGGAGUGGGAGUGGGCAAGUAUCUCGGCAUCAAGAGGUCGUUGGAUCAGGGAACACCUGGCGUACAAGCCAAUGACGUUGGCGACGAUGCCAAAAAGAAGCGAAAAAUAGGGUUUGGAAACUUUGACAGUUGGUAG